AUGUAUUCGAAUAAGUUAAAUAUUGCUUUGGUAUUAUUAUUAUUAUUAUUAAUAUUUUUUAAAAUAACAAAGUCUGAUGAUAGUGAUGAUGAUUAUACUGAUGAUGAUGAUGAUGAUGAUAAUAAUGAAGAAUUAGAAGAUUGUCGACAAGAUAUUGAUAUAAAAACAUUUAAAAAAACCGGUCAACUUAAAUUAUGUGAUUCAUUAGAAAAAGCAUCAUUGAAAUCUCGAAUUAAAUUAAAAAUAUUUACAAAUCAUAGUGAACAAAUAAUUCAUAUUCGAGCAUUAUCAUUAUCACCAUCAUCAUUAAAAACUAAUAUUUUAAAUAAAUCACUUAUUGAAUUAACAACUGAUAUAAUUGAAGAUUUUAAAUAUCCAACUAGUUUAUUAUUUAUUGAUAAUUUUCAAUUUAUUUCUUUUUCAACACUUAAAUCAAUAUUAUUAUCAUUAAUUAAUGUUGAUUUUAAUUUACUUGGUAAAAAUUUAAAAAAAACAUUAUUUAUUCCUAAAGGUGGACAUAAACAAAUUCUUAGUUGUUCAGGAAAUUAUUAUCCGAAACAAAAUAUUCAAUUAUUAAAUAUAAAACCAGCUUUUACUAAAGAAAUAAUAUGUAAUAAAGAACCACAACAUGAUAAAUUCUUUACACUUCAAGAAAAACUUUAUGUUAAUCGAUCGGAUGAAAAAAAUUUUCGUUUAGUUCAAAUUCAUCAAGAUGAUCAAAAUAAAAUAAGUCGAACAAGUUGGUAUACAUGUAAUAAUCAAAAAUCAUGUAGUUUAGGUAUACAAAAUAAAUUAAUGUUAGAUAAAACUGUUAAUUAUGUUUUGAAAUUUUUACAAAAAAGUCGAGCUGAAAAAAAAUCUUCAUCUGUUGAAAUAAAAAUGAUAAAUAAGAUAAAUAUUAUUCUAUUUCUCUUAACAAUAUGUUCAUUUGUUGAUGAUAAACCUUUAUCUAAAAAUAAUGAUAAUGAUUUAGAAUUAUUAAAUGAAAAAGCUCAAAUGUUUGUUCGUUCAAUGUUAAAUUAUGAUGAUCAAGACAAUAAUGAUGAAACAUCAUUUGAUAAAAGAGAACGUUGA